AUGUCCAUGUUGCCGCCAGACGUCCACCAGGAGUUGGGACAGCUCCUGCAAGCUCUGCAGAGCCCUGAGAACUCUGUCCGUACGCAAGCGGAGGAGCAUCUGCAAAACAACUGGACGACCACCCGUCCCGAGGUCCUGUUGAUGGGCCUGGCUGAGCAGAUUCAAAUCGGUGCUGAUGCUUCGACACGUUCUUUCGCUGCCGUUAUUUUCCGAAGAAUCGCCUCCAAGAGCCGCAAAAAUGAGCGCGGCGAGCUCGUCGAUAUGUUCUUUUCCUUGUCCAAGGACCAGGCUGCCGUCAUCCGCCAGAAGCUUCUCGAGAGUUUGGGAGGGGACUUCCAACGUGCCGUACGAAAUAAAAUCAGCGACGCUGUCGCUGAGGUAGCGAGGCAAUACACCGAGAACAACGAUUCCUGGCCCGAACUCCUUGGAGGUCUCUUCCAGCUUAGCAUAGCCCCCGACGCCGAGAAGCGCGAGACUGCUUUCCGCGUCUUCUCAACCACCCCCGGUGUCAUCGAAAAGCAACACGAGGACAACGUUAUCGGAGCCUUUCAGAAGGGCUUCAAGGAUGACUCUGUUCAGGUACGCCUGGCUGCCAUGGAGGCCUUUGCCGCCUUCUUCAGAAACCUGGGCAAGAAGGCACAGCCCAAGUUUUACCCUCUCAUCCCCGACGUCCUCAACAUCCUGCCCCCGAUCAAGGACAGCCAUGACUCUGAAGACCUCAGCGGCGCCCUCGUCGCCCUCAUCGAUAUGGCCGAGACUGCGCCGAAGAUGUUCAAGCCUUUGUUCCAUAACUUGGUACAGUUCGCCGUCUCUGUUAUUCAGGAUAAGGAGCUCGACAACCUUUGCCGCCAGAACGCCCUGGAGCUGAUGGCCACUUUCGCCGAUUACGCGCCAUCUCUUUGCCGCAAGGACCCCACAUACACGAACGACAUGAUCACCCAGUGCCUGAGUUUGAUGACCGACCUGGGCGAAGAUGAUGACGAUGCUGCUGAAUGGCUGGCGUCUGAUGAUCUUGACCAAGAGGAGAGCGACCAAAACCACGUUGCUGGAGAGCAAUGCAUGGACCGACUGGCCAACAAGCUUGGCGGACAGACAAUCCUCGCCCCGACCUUUAACUGGCUUCCUAGAAUGAUGACCUCUAUGGCUUGGAGAGAUAGGCAUGCGGCUCUCAUGGCGAUUUCCGCCAUCUCUGAGGGCUGCAGAGAGCUCAUGAUUGGGGAGCUUAGCCAGGUCCUCGAUCUUGUUGUUCCUGCGCUCAAGGAUCCCCAUCCCCGUGUGCGCUGGGCUGGAUGCAAUGCCUUGGGUCAAAUGAGCACGGACUUCGCGCCGAAGAUGCAAACGGACUACUACGACCGCGUUCUCAAGGCAAUCAUCCCCGUCCUCGACUCCCCCGAGGCCCGCGUUAAGUCUCAUGCUGCUGCGGCUCUGGUCAACUUCUGUGAGGAGGCCGAGAAGUCCAUCCUGGAGCCCUACUUGGAUGAGCUGCUUUCUCAUCUCUUCCAGCUCCUGCAGAAUGAGAAGCGAUACGUCCAGGAGCAGGCUUUGUCGACCAUUGCGACCAUUGCUGAUGCCGCGGAGGCCGCUUUCUCAAAGUAUUACGACACGCUCAUGCCCCUGUUGGUGAAUGUCCUGCAGACGGAGAACGAGAAGGAAUUCCGCCUUCUUCGCGCCAAGGCUAUGGAGUGUGCUACCUUGAUCGCUCUGGCUGUUGGCAAGGAGAGACUCGGCCAGGAUGCCAUGACGCUGGUUCACCUGCUCGCGAACAUUCAGGCUAACAUUACCGACUCUGAUGACCCGCAAGCUCAGUACCUGAUGCACUGCUGGGGUCGCAUGUGCAGAGUUCUUGGACAAGAGUUCCUGCCCUUCCUGCCCAACGUUAUGCCUCCUCUUCUCGAGUUGGCCAGUGCGAAGGCCGACAUUCAGCUUCUGGACGACGAUGACCAGGUCGAGCAGAUCCAACAAGAGGAUGGAUGGGAGCUUGUUCCCCUCAAGGGCAAGAUGAUCGGUAUCCGUACUAGCACUAUGGAGGACAAGAAUAUGGCCAUUGAGCUAUUGGUUGUCUACGCCCAGGUACUCGAGGGCAGCUUUGCCCCUUACGUCGCACAGAUCAUGGAGAAGAUUGCUCUCCCAGGCCUGGCUUUCUUCUUCCAUGACCCGGUCAGGUUCAUCUCUGCCAAGUUGGUACCCCAGCUCCUCAGCUCUUACAAGAAGACGUAUGGAAGUCCUUCCCCAGAACUCAGCGGAUUGUGGGCUGCCACUGUCGACAAGCUUCUUGAGGUGUUGACCGCCGAGCCUGCUAUCGAUACUCUGGCCGAAAUGUACCAGUGCUUCUACGAGUCGGUUGAGGUAGUUGGCAAGGGCUGUCUGACAACCGAUCACCUCUCUCGGUUCAUUGACUCAGUUCACUCCGCCAUUGAGGAUUACAAGGACCGUGUCGCUCAGCGCGCUGAAGACAAGGAGGGUGCGACUGCUGAGGACGCAGAAGAUGAAGCUGACGAUGUUCUGUUGGCCAUUGAGGAUGACCAGACGCUCCUUUCAGACAUGAACAAGGCUUUCCACGCCAUCUUCAAGAACCACGGAUCCGCCUUCCUCCCUGCCUGGGAGCGCCUAAUCAGCACCUACGAAGGCUUCCUCAAGUCAGAUGACCCGACGCAACGCCAGUGGGGUCUUUGCAUUAUGGACGACGUUUUGGAAUACUGCGGGCCCGAAAGCCAGCGCUACGCCAACUACAUUACUCAACCUCUUGUUGACGGCUGCAGGGACUCAUCACCGGCUAUCCGCCAGGCCGCUGCGUAUGGUAUCGGUGUGGCUGCUCACCGUGGCGGUGCUCCCUGGGCUCAAUUCCUGGGCGGCGCCAUGCCUUUUCUCUUCCAGGUCACGCAAGUUCCCGACGCGCGCAGCGAAGACAACGUGUACGCCACGGAGAACGCUUGUGCCGCUAUCGCCAAAAUUCUACACUACAACGCUAGUUCUGUCCAGGAUCCCAAUGGCAUCGUGACUCAGUGGAUUGAGACUCUGCCAGUUACCAACGACGAAGAAGCGGCGCCGUAUGCGUAUGCCUACUUGGCUGAGCUCAUUGACCAGCAACAUCCCGCGGUUAUGGGCCAAGCCGGUAAGGUUUUCGUUUUCACCGCUCAGGCAUUGGAAGCAGACACCCUUCAGGGGCAAACGGCCAGCCGCGUUGUCACGGCUAUCAAGGCGCUCCUCUCCGCGGCGGGCGUGAACCCCGCACCCCUGCUCCAGCAGUUCUCACCCGAGGCCCAACGUACGAUUACGGCCUACUUCUCGUAG